AAGAGAGAGAUAGAGAGAAGAUUCUGAUCGGAAGAAGAGGAUAUGAUGGACGGCGUUGGAGGCGGCACGGCGAUGUACGGAGGUCUCGAGACGAUGCAAUACGUACGGACGCAUCAUCAACAUCACUGCAGAGAAAACCAGUGUACCUCUGCUCUUGUCAAACACAUCAAAGCUCCUGUUCAUCUCGUUUGGUCACUUGUGCGGAGAUUUGAUCAGCCUCAGAAAUACAAACCAUUUGUGAGUAGAUGUACAGUAAUCGGUGAUCCUGAAAUCGGGAGUCUUAGAGAAGUCAAUGUUAAAUCUGGUCUUCCUGCAACAACAAGUACUGAGAGAUUAGAACUUCUUGAUGAUGAAGAACAUAUCCUCGGUAUCAAAAUCAUCGGUGGUGAUCACAGACUUAAGAAUUACUCGUCGAUUGUGACUGUGCAUCCGGAGAUAAUCGAGGGAAGAGCAGGAACAAUGGUGAUUGAAUCGUUUGUAGUUGAUGUUCCUGAAGGUAACACAAAAGAAGAGACUUGCUACUUUGUUGAAGUACUUAUCAGAUGCAAUCUCAAGUCAUUAGCAGAUGUUUCUGAAAGAUUGGCUUCUCAGGACAUAACUCAAUUCACUACAUAAUCAAUCAAGGCCAGUGAAGUGAAAUAUCAAUCCUAGUUUGUUGUGAUAUUAUCAAAUUUUCUUCAGGAUUUUUUGGUUUGGUCUAGAAAUAUACAUAUCCUCGGUAAUGACCAGUUCUUAAAAGAUGUAUAUAUAUAUUUUCCAAUGGUGAAGUUUUGAUGUAAGAUAUCUUUUGGUGGGUUUGUUACCCCUUCCUUUGCUUUAUUUGUAGAUAUUUUUGUAAAAAAAGAAGAAACAAUGUAAAUAUGAAUGGUUUAUGAUGUAUAAUAUAGUUCACAAAAGAAUUGGUGUU